CUUAUUAUCUACUAGCAUGUCUCAGAGAAGUAAAACUUCUUCAAAAGAAAGCUCCUCUGGUCCUCCAGCAUCCACAUCAGAUGCUCAUCCUCCACGCUCUGCUCUUCGUAGCUCCUCAAAAGACUCGAAAAACUCAGGUCACAGGGGCUCAUCUGGCAGCCAAGAAUGCCGUGGCAGUAGAUCUUUCAGCCAGAACUCAGCUAUCGCUGCAGCAUAUACACAGUACCUCAACGCUCUCUUUGGACAGGACAGAGAUUUACUGCCAGAGGAACUAGAUGAGCUGCAUGUAGCAUUUAAAGAGUUUGACUAUGACCAGGAUGGGUAUUUGCACUACAAAGAUGUCGCAGACUGCAUGAGAACCAUGGGAUACAUGCCAACAGAGAUGGAACUGAUUGAGAUCAUUCAGCAGAUAAAAAUGAAAUGGGGAGGUCAUGUGGACUUUGAUGAUUUCUGUGAAUUAAUGGGGCCCAGGAUGCUGGCUGAAACCGCUCAUAUGGUGGGUCUAAGGGAGCUGCACUGCGCUUUCAAACAGUUUGACUGUGACGGUGAUGGACGGAUCACCUUUGAGGAGCUGAAGGAGUCCACAAAGACGCUGCUUGGGGAGAAACUGAAGAAGGGAGAACUGGAAGAAAUUCUGACAGACAUUGAUCUCAACGGAGAUGGGAAGGUGGACUUUGAUGAGUUUGUCAUGAUGCUGUCUCUCCGAUAGCUGGAUGUCUGAUGUUUUUAAAUCACGGAUCAUCAAACCUGUCAGUCAAGUUGUUAAUACGUUGUGCAUAAACUGCGGAUAUUUAUGUAGAAAUGUACAGAGUAUAUUUGUAUUCAAUAAAGGUCUGAAACUCUGUGAGAAUAUUCUGGUUGUUCGAUGCAGGGUGGUGGAUUAUCUAAUAAGUAGUAAGAACAGGACAAGUCUGCGAGUUAUGAAACAUGCUGCUGUUGCAUAACCAGAGACGCUGCUGCGGUCUAGUGGAGGAUAUAGGUAACGAAAAUAAUAAUAAUCAUAAUAAAUGUUGUUUAAUAAUAUUAUAAAUGUUAAUUAAUAAAAAUUUAAUUUGUUAAUUAUUAUCGAAUAAUAGUAAUAAUAAUAAAUAAAUAAAUAAAUUAGGCUCCAGCAUCCCUGUGACCAUACAUAGGUCAAAUUGUUUAUGUAAUAGUUUGUAAUUAUUGUCAGUAAAAAGAAGAAAAUGAAUAAUAAUAAAUAAAUAAAUUAGGCUCCAGCAUCCUGCAACCCAACAUAAAACAAUUGUUUUGGAAAUGUAUUAAAAAAAAU